GGCUGUUGGUAUUGGACAUACAAUCCGCCUCCCCACCCUCACACCAACAACAUGCAGCAUCAUUCCUGCCCCCUUCAGAAGGUGGACUUCAAUUCCAAUUUGGAAAACCUCGAGGCCAGUCAAUCUGCUGUAGGUGGCGCCAGACUGUUGCCUCCUGCGACAAUCGUCUCGGCCAGAGGCAACACUUUCUGCCGCAAACCUUUGUUCGCCUGGAUCCUUGGGCCUCAGUCUCUCAGACAACAUAACCAGGCGGCAUGGCCGGACCGGCAAUGA